UAUGGCGUGAAAAUAGGUGAAGCAAUCUGUUGUUGUAUUUCCAAGGAACACUUUCAAACAUCUGCGUAUGUUCUGAAGAGGAAGGGACUUGCCAGAGGUUCCCCAAAUCGGUGUCUCUCUGGAAAAAGUGGAGUGUCUCUUCCAUCAGUUUUUGCAAGAAAUGUGCAAGAAGCCAUUGACAAUUAUACCUGUGAGACACUUUCAUCACUUUCAUCUAAUGGUUGUACAACACCCACGGAGUUGAAUAAUUCUUGGUCUGGAAUAAACAGCUAUACUACUAGUUUGUCUACUGAAAGAAGUUCGGUUUACUCCUGGAGGGAUGAUGAAUUUGAUAAAGCCAACACCCAGAGAGUGCAUCAGUUGUUUUGGGAGAUUGAUGAAAUGCUGUUUGAAGGAAAAGUGACCUCCCAAACAAAGCACCUGCAGGAAGAAUGUGCAGAUUGGGUUGAACAAUUUCCUCACAUAAGGGUUUUAGGAAAGCAGCUCCUAGUGCCAAAGGAUGAAGGUGUUCAGCAUAUUCAGAGCAGAAAUGAUGCCCAUGUAGAUACUAAGUGUAUGCCUGGCCUCCUUGAAUGUACUGGUCAUAUAAAAGAGCUCUGCAUCUUAGGCUCUAAACUGAUCCCAACAGCAUCUCCAAUACAUACAUCACUGGAGUCAAGUUCCACUAGGAUUUCUGCUUCAGACUCAGUCAUGUAUUCCUUCCUGGAAGAAGAAAUUUAUGAUGAGGAUGGAAAAAUAGAGGAAUACCUUGCCUUUGACAACAAGGAACUUGAGGAUGAGAUUUGGGAACAAAAGAAAGUGCGUCUUUCUGAGAAGAGGUGUAAGCGUGGCAUUCCCCCUGUUUCUCCCAAUGCCUGUAUCAAAGAUGCUGUGGCUUCUGAAGUAUUUGAUCAUGUCUGGAGCAAUGUCAUUGGAAUAUUGGAGGAACUGAUUAAAAAAAAUUGGGAAACUAGUAUCCCAGAGUGUGACCAACAAAUAGAAAAACUGAAAACAGUUACAGCAAAAAUGCAGCAUUUGCCAGUCAUUCGUAUCACAGCAGAUGCUGGGACGAUUCCUCUUUCCAGAGGCUCUGAAGCACGAAGUGUAUCUUUUGGGGCUCAUUCUGUUUCAUCACAGGUUCAGCGUUUCUCCAGCAACCUCUGUAAUGAUCUGAACGGUGUGAUGACAAUUCAAGCAAAACCGCUCCAACAGAGGCAUGCUGCCACUGCAGAAAAAAUACAGAGUGAGCAAGAAGACAAACAGCAUAACAUUGCCUCUAGCACUCCAAAUUCAGCACAUGCUAGGGCAGGGAAAAUUUCUGAUAACAGUGUUCUCUCAUUAUCUCCGGCUCUGCUGGCAUCCUCUAGGAAACUACCAAGGAUAUUUUCUCUCACCUCUGACCAACCCUGCUCAGAAGUUCCUAAUAUGUCCACUGAUGAAAUCCCUAAAGGGACAAAAUUGGUUGGCAGCUGGGAUCAUUUAUCUCCUGCUCGUGCACCUGCAACCCGGAACAAGUUACCACCAAUAAAUUCUGAGGGUGUUGAACAACAUGGUCCAGUACCUCGAAGGCAACAGAGCUCUCAUCAAGAACGAUACACUCAUAGCAGAGUGUCAAGUGCAGUAGCUGGCAGGACAGAGCAACAGCCACUCAGAGAAAGAACUAUUACUGUUAAUCAAUUUUCAAGACCAAACACAACUCAUACAUUCAGGAGAGACACACCUCAGAAGAAGUCAUUGACUCCUGUGGAUUUUGCUAAUCAUAGAAGGACCAGUCAAGGAUUUUUGAUUACAGGUUCGCAGAAUUACUCCAGAUCCUUUCAGAGAAAUCCUCCAACCUCCAGAAAGAGAUUUCAGAUUGCUUCUUAACCUGUUUUAGGAAGAAACAGAAACCCUCUGCACUGAAUGAAAGACUGAAGCACUAAAUUUGCCACUUAGUAUCUUGUGUAACAAAGAAGGUGUGCAUAUGCUGGUGUCUGCUGAGCCUUGAAAUCCUCAGGAUGCCUGCAUUACCUUCUUUUAAAAUUAUUUAACUGGAGGUUAGAUUAAAACUUAGAGCAAAAUGAAAUAAAUGGUUGAGGUGUCUGCUCUGUUUGCAGUAUCAAUAGACUGUGGCUGCACUUUCUUCUCUUUCUUCUCAGGCAUUCCCAGCUUUUUAUGCCUUUCCUAAGGAAUUGUUUUUCUACCUAUCAAAUAAGAUAUGUUUAGAAUAUAAAGUGCUGUUUCCACUUUUUUUGUUUCCUUAAAGAUGUUCUAGUCUAUUUAAAUGUUAGUCAUAUAUAAAAUUUCUACUUUUAAACAGGAGUUCACGGUACUUCCUCUUUAACUGCUUUUUUAACAUUUCAUUUUUCAGUCUGUCUGAUUAUUUUUAUAUUAUUAUAAUUGAUCUCUUACAAAUAUUAUCUGUACCAACCUUUUCUUCUUCCUUUAAUUCUUUUGAAAUCUCAUUUAUUGCUCUUCUAAUCAUCCGUAACUAUGGGAACUGCUGGGAUAAACUUUGUUUACAGCAAGUAAUGUUUCCUCUGCCAAGCCAAACAUGUUUGUAGAUGCUGAGGAAUUGAACCAGCAUGCUGACAAACUGUAAGACAAUUCCCACUUUUUUGCAAUUUCUUGUACAAAUGAAGAGAAGAGCAGAGCAACAAGCAUCUUCUGCAGCUGAAAAAGAAAGAUUUGUGAAUUACUAGAGCAACAAUGGAUUGCUCUUAGGUAGCAAGAGAGAGGAAGAGGGAUGUUUGCUGUCUACCAGAAGGAUUUUAACACUUCUCCCUUUUGGUCAGGUUUUGGGCACCUGACAAUCACUGGUCAUCUUACAUCCUGAUAAUUAUUAAAGACUCAUUCCCAGUUGGAAGGAACCUCAAGGAUCAUCUGGUCCAGUCUUUGCUGGCAAAUGCAUAGUCUGGAUGAGAUGGCCCAUCACUCUGUCCAGCUGAAUCUUAAGUGUCCAGUGAUGGGGAAUCCACCACUUCAUACAUAAUGGAGAGAUUAUUCCAAUGGCUGUCAUUGUGCAAAGUUUUCCAUCCAGUUGGAAUCUUCCCAGGUGUAACUUGCACACAUCACUCCUCACUUUUCCAUAAGACUCCUUAUGAACAGGGCAUCUCCAUCUUCUUAGUUGCCAGCCUUUAAAUACAGGAACAUGGUGAUAAGGUGUGCCUAACCUUCUUUUCUCCAAGCUGGACAAAUGCAGUUUUCUCACCCUUUCCUCACAGGACAGGCUACCCAGUAAUUUGACUAUCUUUGUUGUCCUUUACUACACCUUCACCACUCUAUCCACAUCUUUCUUGUAUAGCACAAGAAACAACCACAACUGAAUGCAAUAUUCCAGGUGAGAACUGAGUAGAGUGGGAUAGAUACUUUAUCUUUCCUGGUGUUGAUGCAGCUAAGUCUUGUAUUGGCUUUCUUUGCUGCAGC